AUGCCUCCGCAUCUCUUUUCGGUCGGCCAACUUGCCCUGUCUCGACUGGAAGCCGCCGUACUCGCCAAGCCGGUCUGCCUGCGGUCGCGAACUCGAGUCCCCAAAUGGGAGUCCGAGUCUUCCGGAGGCAUGGGCAAAGCCUCUUCUCCGGACAGCCGAUUUCCCCUACCGCACUCUCCGAGGUUGCCAGCCGCUGGCUCCGACGAGUCGACCGACUUACCGACGCCUUCCAGAAGCGGUAGGAUUGCUGAACAGGCCAUCUGCCUGUUGGGCCGGUCGGGCAGCGGCAAGACUCACUCGGUUGCAGAACUGCUGGCCUACCUCGUCCACUCGGCGGCGCCUCCACCUUCGCCUCUCUUCUCGACAGACGGCCGGACUCCCGCGAAGGGUCAAGCGCAGCCUCGAUCCGGUAGUCGGUCGUCUCACAGGGAGCCGUUGCCGAGACCACAACGAGUUACAGGUAGCCUGACGAGUCAUUCGACUUCUAUUUACUUUUUCUUUUUACAACAUUGUACACUUUUUGGCAAACUUUGCUUCAAUAUUAGUCCAUCCAAUUUCAAUUCGAGACAUUUGAUUCUUUAG